AUGUUCAGUCAAUGCCGAAAUGCCGAGUGUGUCAACGCACCUGGUUCUUAUAGAUGUGUCUGCAAAAUUGGCUUCUAUAGUUCCACUACUGGCUGUUUGUCAUGUGAUGAGAACCACUAUGGCCAGGACUGUAAGAAGACUUGUGCAUGUGUAAAAGACAACAGCAAUAACUGCAAUGCUGUCAAUGGAACUUGCACAUGUAAACCAGGCUGGACUGGCUCUAACUGUGAAACAGAUAUAGACGAGUGUUUGAACACCAGCUACUGCCCAGAUGUACAUGAGAGUUGUACUAAUUUGAAUGGAUCUGCAGAGUGUAGAUGUGAUCCAGGUUAUCAAAGAGUUGAUGGAUCUGACUGCCAAGACAGAGAUGAAUGUCUAGAUCCCACCUACUCUUGUGAUGAGAGAAAACAAUGUAAAAACACACAAGGCUCAUAUGAUUGUGUAUGUAAACAAGGUUAUCUAUUUGUCAACAAUACGAAGCCCUGUAAAGUGAAUUUUCGCAGUUUCCCAAUGCAGCUGAGAUUGAAUAUUGUACCUGAUGCAAAUGUUUUUAUUUACAACACAAAACAGUUUAUCUCUCUUAAAUUAAAUAUUGAAGAUAGUUUAAACAAGUUAGGUGGAAAUAAAGUGGGAAAAGAAAUUCUUCCAUUUGUGAUUUCAAAGUUCACGGAUGGAUCUGUCAUAGUUCAUACAGCCAUUGUGGUAGACCUGACUUAUACCAGCACUCCUGCUUAUUCUGCAUCCAUGUAUGCCAUCAGUUUAAAAAAUAAUCAAAAUAUAACUGUGGGUUAUAGAAAUCAUGAAUGUUUUAGUACUAAACCAAUCAAUUCCAGACAAUACUUGUGAUCUGUACACUCAGUUAUCUCAAUCAUGUUCAUCCAAUGAAAAUUGUUACGAAAAUAAUCAGAAUCUUACACAGUGUAAGACAAUUAUAAAAGAUACAGACAGGUUGGCCUUAAUUCUAGGACUUUCAAUUGGAAUUGGUGUGUUUAUCAUCAUUGUUGUGGUUAUUGCUGUUUAUGUUAUUGUUCAUCAAAAGCAGUUAACUAAAUACCAUCUAUAUUCAAAGUCUAUUAAUGAUAAUAGACAGCGUACAAGGGAAGACUCAAGUUAUCAGUCCAUGGAACUACCCCCUGUGAUGGCAAGUGAUCCAGUGGCUAAAUGUUUAAAGUUUAAGAAAGUCCUUUCUCCUUUUAGUGAAGCUAUAUACAAUGAAAACAUUAUGUACUGACA